AUGGCACCUGCUUUAACCUCCUCGGCGCCCACAGCUCCCCAUGAGCUGUCCAAGGGCCUCGCCAACAACAAGGUAGACAGGAGCAUCUUCCCUGACGGCAUCCGCACCUCAGGACAACACGAACCCCUCUUCGAGCACAUCCGUCCCUACGAAGACUUCCCACAACAGAUCACAGGCCCCACCGCCUGGUCAAAAGCCAACUACCAGAACAACCCCGAGCGCUGGACACACAUCUUCUCCGAGUCAGAAGUCGCCGAAAUUUCAAACGCCGCAGAUGCAUUCAUCUCCUCUGGCGAGCCACUGACCGGCAUCACAAAGGACAAGUUCCAGCUCCCCGAGUUCAGCAAGUUCCUCGAGCCGCUCCGCAAGGAAAUCAUCGAUGGCAAGGGCUUCAUCCUGUUCAAGGGCCUGCCGGUCGGCGAGUGGGGAAACCAGAAGUCUGCUGUUGCGUACAUGGGUCUUGGGACAUAUCUCGGUUACUUCGUGAGCCAGAACUCGCGUGGACAUGUACUUGGACACGUUAAGGAUCUCGAUGAGGAUGCGACGCAGAUCGAUAAGGUGCGCAUUUACCGCACCAAUGCGCGACAGUUUUUCCACGCCGAUGAUGCGGAUCUUGUUGGUUUGCUGUGCAUUGCUAAGUCGCUCGAGGGUGGUGAGAGCGAUUUGGUCAGCAGCCAUGAGGUGUGGAAUGUGCUGCAGAAGGAGCACCCGGAUGUUGCGAAGCUCCUCACCGAGCCGAUUUGGUACUUCGAUCGUAAGGGAGAGACGAGCAAGGGCCAGCAGGAGUGGAUUCGAACCAGUGUGUUCUACCUGGAGACUGGUGACAGCCCGCGUGUGUACUCGAAGUGGGACCCAUACUAUGUCAAGUCCCUGACACGCUUCAGCGACAAAGGCUUGAUUCCCGCUCUCUCGCCCGAGCAGGUUCGUGCCGCUGUCAUCCUCGACGAGACCUGCUUGCGCCUCGCCCUACACAUGAUCCUGGACAUUGGUGACAUCCAGUUCCUGUCGAACAACCACAUCCUUCACGCCAGGACAGCGUACAAGGACUACCCACCGCCAGCGCCUCGCAGGCACUUGAUGAGGCUGUGGCUGAGCACACCAGAGGACGAGGGUGGCUGGAAGCUGCCCUUCCACGACAGCAAGGACAAGAAGAGGGGCGGUAUCCAGGUCGAUGACACACCGCCGGUUGCGCCUUACGAUGCUGAGUAG